AUGGUCACCAAGGUGGAGUCCGAUGCCGUCCCUCAGGAUUUCGAGCCUGUGGCAAGCAAUACCGCGAGUGUUGUCGCCAUCGACGCGGCGACCGGGAUUGCCGGCGACCCAAGGGCCAUGGUUGCGGAAGCCACCGCCACCGCCGCCACCGCCGCCGCCGCCACCGCCGCCGCCGCUGCUUCUGGUGAUGCUUCUGCCGCUCUGCAUGCCUUCGUUGAGAGCUUGGCGAUUUCGGCGGUCCCGCUUCGAAUCCUGUCCGUUGAUGCACCCUCUGCUUCCACUUCGCAGCUAGAUGGCGGCCGCACGCAGCUGAUCCGUGUGGUGCUCCCGUUGGUGAUGAUGCUUUUGGUGUUGGUGAUGGUGCACAUCUACGAGGCGAGAACGCUGCGGAAGUCUAUGGGCGACUUUGUCGAGGAGGGAAGCACACUCGUACACGCCACCGACAGCCGCGAGCUAGCUCACUCCCGGCCGGUGACGGGCGGCGGUGGCGGCGGCGGCGAAACCCAGCGGCUCUGGCAGAUGUUCGCGUGGUUCCUGACCAAACUCGGGUCUCACGUGGCCACCUUGACGAUGAUGACCAAUGUCUGGGUCCUUGCAAGGCUUGGAGGGCGGCUGAACGCCGGCGAGGUCCGCCUCGGGCUUAUGGAGUUCGACCUAUCGGCGAUCCGGGGGAAGGUCGCGGACGCAGUGGCGAGGAUGGUCCUGCAGGCGCGGAGGCUGGCCUCGGUCAAGCAGAGCGUCGGCAGGAUGGCGACCAGGCUCGCUAACCUGGGCAGCAGGGUCGCCGUCCUCGAAGAGACUUCCCGCAAGCUGGACGAGCUCGCCCGCCGCCACGACGACCUCCAGAACUUGGUGGUCGAGAUCGGGAAGAGAAUGGCUCUGAAUCGCGUGGAGGCUGCUGGUUUCCGGGGGAAGAUUCGCGCUGAGUCGACGGCCAGCAGGGCCGACUCCGAUGCUUGGCUGCGCAGCAUCGAAGACGACCUCAGCGCUCUGCAGAAUUGGAGCAGGAGGAGGACGAGGAGGAGGAGGAGGAGGAGCAGUAGGAGGUCCCGGANGGAGGAGGAGGAGGAGGACGACGAGGAGGAGGAGGUGGUGGAGGACGAGGAGGACGAGGAGGACGAGGAGGACGAGGAAGAGGAGGAGGACGAGGACGAGGGCGAGGAGGACGAGGGGGAGGACGAGGAGGAGGACGAAGAGGACGAGGAGGAGGACGAGGACGAAGAGGACGAGGACGAGGAGGAGGAGGAGGAGGAGGACGAGGAGGAGGAGGAGGAGGAGCAGUAG